GCGACGGUCGGCCUUUGAGCUGUCGACCUUUUUGACUCACCCGUUAAUACUAAUCCCACAGGUAUCUUCAGGGCUCUCUGUUUAGGAGACCCAUCACAGCUUGCAGGCAAGCCAUGGAACCGCACAACCUGGAGGCGGCGUCAACGUACAUCAACAAUGUUCUUCUGGCCCGGGGUCUGCUGAAAGGUGGCACCCCGAUUGAUUUCGCGCACCCGGAAUGUGACGAGGGAGGAGCUGAUGCUACUAUGGCGAGAAUCAUAAACUUGAUGAAUGAUUUGGUCUUGAGAAGAGAUCGCGAAGCGGACCAUCGAGAGAGCCUGGCCACCACAAUCCGGACACUCCGUGGCAAUGAAUCCCAGCAGACGCUUGAAAUAGCCAGACUGAGGACAAAGACCUCCGAAUUGACGCGAUCGGUUGCUCUGGCCGAGGCUCAGGAUCGCGCCUCGAAAACCAAUCUAUCGAACGCAGAGGGUACAAUCAGGGGACUGAAGGAACAGGUGCAGCGCAUGAAGACCAACAUCCAGCAGAUCCGAGGACAAUGCGCCAACGACAUCCGCAAGCGUGACUUGGAAAUGCAAAAGUUGAAAUCGCAUCUGGCUGAGCGCCAGCGAGGAAAACGGGAAGGCCUAGGUGUGACCACCAUCAACAUUAAUCCGGCAACCGACCGAGGAUACAAAACCAGAUCUCUAGCAGGUGGCGAGGGCGUUCAUCAUCCGGGAUAUAGUCUGAAGGAGGAAACCAAUGACUUUUUGACGGAAUUAUGCCAGAACCUUAGCGACGAGAACGACACGCUGAUCGUGCUGGCGCGCAACACUGUCCAGAUGCUGAAGGAUCUACAGGGAAUCACCCAGGUAGAGGAGGAUGGGGAAGAAGUCGUGAACGGCGUGGCAAGUUUUGGAACACAUAAAUCAUCGCGUGGGCCUGUCACUACGCUUCCUACAUCCUGCGAAGACUUAUCUGGCCAGAUGGACAUGGUUUUGGAUCAUCUACGAACAUUGCUCACCAACCCAUCGUUUGUGCCCCUCGAAGAGGUCGAAGUGCGUGAUGACGAAAUCAAGAGGCUUCGUGAGGGCUGGGAGAAGAUGGAGGCUCGAUGGAGACAGGCGGUUACGAUGAUGGAUGGCUGGCAUAAGCGUAUCGCCGACGGAGGGGACUCGAUCCAUAUUGAGGAACUGAAAAUGGGAAUGGGGCUUGAUUCCAGCACUGGCGCCGACAGAGAUGCUGAAACAGACGGUGAAGUCGGGACCAGCAUGGACCAACCUAUCUUUGAAGACCGAGAAGCGGAGGAAGAAGAGGAGCAGCAACAGCAGGAAGAGAAGGUGACGGAGCGAGAAUCAAGAAGCCGCCCUGAACCAGAAACCGCUUCGAAUGACCCCCCGCAACGUACCAGUGAGCGGACAACACGAAGGCCUCCCAGCCGAGCACUCAAAGAGCGAAGUGACAAUAUCAGACCCACCAGUCGGUUGUCACGAAAGGUCUCCUUUACACCUGGUCUGCAGGGCUCUCCUUGCGAACCCAGCGGUGAGGAUGACACUACUUUGCAGGCCAAAGCACACGCAUCCCAGGCUAUGACUCGAAGACCACUGAGGAGAAGACUAGAGUCCAAGGCAUCUCAACCGGGUUCCAACGGCCGGCUGAGUGUUUCUGAAAAACUGGCAGCUGCAGAGACUGAGGCUCGAGCAGCAGAGCAAGCACGGAAAGAAAGUGAGACCCGGAAGAGAAGUCGAGGCGGCGCGAAAGGCCCAUCCUCCAACCGAGGCACUAGGCGACGAAGCACAUUGACCCAUGGCGAGCUCGAUGAGCUGAUGGGGAUCCACAUAAUGUCCUCAACACUAGCAGAGACCUUCAAAGGAUGGGUCGCACACGACGCAACCAAUCCUUUAACCUUCACUACCUUUGAACCCAAGCCCUUCACCGACACAGACAUUGAGAUCAAAGUAUCCCACUGUGGCAUCUGCGGGACAGAUGUCCACACCCUGCGAUCUGGCUGGGGACCAGCAGACUAUCCCUGCGUCGUUGGCCAUGAAAUCAUCGGCACAGUCGUUCGUGUCGGCUCUGGCGUCGCCAAUCUUGCAUCUUCGCCCGCAUCGCGAGAUAUCAAACUCGGGGAUCGUGUCGGUGUUGGCGCACAGAGCAUGUCCUGUCUGCGACCCGACUGUGACGCCUGUGCCGACGGACAGGAGAAUUACUGCUCGCGUAUGACGCCCACAUACAAUGGGCGCUACGCCGACAAGAAAAGCAAAUCGUACGGUGGAUUUGCGACUCUCUGGCGUGGCCCAGCGCAUUUCGUCUUCAAAAUCCCAGACUCUCUGCCGUCGGCGGAGGCAGCUCCAUUGCUGUGCGGUGGUGUCACUGUUUUCGCACCUCUGCUGAAACACGGCGCCGGGCCGGGUAAAUCUGUUGGCAUUGUCGGAAUCGGGGGUCUAGGACAUCUCGGGAUCUUGUUCGCCAAAGCAUUAAACUGCGAUCGGGUGGUGGCUAUCUCUCGUUCGUCAAGCAAACGUAAGGACGCGAUCGAGGGGUUGGGCGCAGACGCAUUCAUCGCCACGGGCGAAGAGAAAAAUUGGGCUCGUACGCAUUCAAGAUCUCUCGAUGUGAUCAUUAGCACCGUUUCAUCGCCCGAUAUGCCUUUGACGCAGUACCUGCGUCUGCUCAAGUUGGAUGGGACAUUUGUGCAAGUCGGGGCACCGGAGGAGCCGCUCCCACGACUCCCAGCUUGGUCGUUAAUCUCGAAGGGGGUCAAGGUGACUGGGUCAAAUAUAGGGUCCCCUGAAGAUAUCAGGAAGAUGCUUCAGUUGGCUGGUGAGAAGCGGGUUCUGCCAUGGAUCCAGCAACGGCCUAUGGAUGAUGUGAAUGCCGCCUUGGCGGAUAUGCACGAUGGAAAGGCGAGAUAUCGAUAUGUCUUGGUCAAUGACGCGAAGCAGGCGAAGCUGUGA